GUGCGUGUAUGUUAACAUAAAGUUCAACACACCACAAACUAUUUCCAUAAAUUUCUCACUUCUGCUUGACUAUCAGUUAUUCAGUCACACACUGAAGUCUUCCGCUCUUAGUGAGCAUAGUUUAGAACGGGGUCCAACGACAACAACAGACGGGUCCUUGCCAUGACACAUGCAAAUACUUCCACGGAGAAUGAGACCAACAGAUUACCUCCGUGGGAUAUUGUCCUCGCCGUGUUUUACAUGUUGAUCUUCAUCAUUGCUGUUCCUGGGAACUCCUUGGCGUUGUGGGCAUUCUGUCAUCAGAAGAGCACUUCACCCUCCAAGGUCUUCCUGAGAAAUCUUGCUGUUGCAGACAUCUGCUAUGUCCUUAUUUUACCUAUGCGCAUAGUUUACCACCUGUCUGGCAGCCACUGGCCCUUUGGAGACAUCUUAUGUCAGCUGUCAGGCUUUUUAUUUUACCUGAACAUGUAUUGUAGCCUCUACCUCAUGAGUUUCAUCAGCCUGGACAGAUUGAUAGCUGUGACUUUACCUCUAAUGUCCCAGGUGGUAAGGAAGCCUUUGUAUGCACAUAUAGGUGUGACCAUACUGUGGGUGAUAGUCAUUGUCUCUAUGAUUCCAACACUUUUCUCACAAAAAACCCAAAACAACUCACCUAACAACUGCAGCAUGCUGUACCUUGAAAAAACAUCACCCAAAGCUUUGAUCUCCACCAUCGUUGCUUUUUCUAUUCCCUUCACCACCAUAGUUAUCACCUCCCUGGUGAUUCUCUUAAAACUGAGGAACCUGAAACAACACGAAGAGCGUCCAGUGAAAGACAAAGCUAUGAAAAUGAUCGUACUCGUAGUGCUAAACUUCAUGUUUGCAUUUGUUCCCUAUCACAUUUGCAGGGUGAUAUACACUCAAAGACCAGCUGGAAGGUUGGAGUCAUUGUCAUUAAAAAGAGCCAAUCAGAUCACAUCUGCACUGAGCUGCAUCAGUGGUGUACUGGACCCUGUUAUGUAUUUCUUCUUGAACCGAGUUUACAGGAAUACGUUUCUUCGUCUGUUCUUUAAAACUCAGAAUACUUCUCUGUAAGCAUCAAAGUAAAAUUCUUGCUAAACGACUGCCUUAUUGUUGGACAUUUUAACGAUUCGAAGGUCUUGUAACUAUGAUUUAACACAUCAAAGACAACUUUGGAGAAAUAUUUUUAUCUUUCAAAUCUGUAAAGCAUUUACUAGAAUGUAAAGAGUUUGAUCUGCUUUUUUCUGGUACUUUUGACUGAUGUUAAAUGAAAUAGAUAAAUCUCAUUACAUGUUCUUUUACAUUUUUGACUAAUCUCAGAGUCAAAAAUGUAAAAGAACAUGAAACUGACAUAGUAUAACACAUUUUCGAGGAACUGAAAGCUCUGCCUUCUCUGUUAGCUUUAGAUUGCAUCCAAAAGGUUUUAUCCCUUUCAAAUGUUCUGUAUUCUGUCUUAUAACAACCACCAAUUUAUUUAUUUUUUUAUUAAGUUGGGGGAUAUAUAUUUUCUAGAAAAAGGUACUUUCUGUUCUUCUUUAUUAUGAACAAAGAUUGGAUUAAAAUGCUUUUUUUUUGUGCAAAUACGCUCUCUUGUGGGUUUCUGACAGGUUUGACCAGUACUUCUUUUAGAAAAUCAAUAUUUCCAAAUAAAAUAGUAAGUUUCUAUGUAUAUGUUGUUCAAUAUGUUUGUACUGCUAUCAAGACCUUUUGUUAUGAGAUUAGGCAUAAAACCAUUCUGUUAAAAUACCAUAAUGAAUGUCCUUAAUAUCACUUAAACUAUGAACAUGUCACAAUUUCCAAGCAGGGCUUUGUCCAUCAGAGAAAAAUGAAAAUUAAACCACAUACUAGGUCGAUUUUGAAGAGAAAUAUCAAGUUUUCUGCAACAAGUAAAGGGGUAUACAGUCACACCCAAUAAAUUAUUUUGGAAAUCUAAGACCCAAACAGAUUUGACAGUUGUGGCUGAACUUACAGGCUCUUAUCAAGUUCUGAGACUAAAAAAAUAUAGAACAUGACCUAUGUACUUUUUUUUUGUUUUGUUUUAUUUUUUUAACAUUUGACUUGAAUCUGUUUCAUAAUUUCUGGAUUGACAUCUGUAAAUACAGUAUUCAGUUUAAGUUUAAAUUGAUCAAUGUUCCAAUUUGUAUGCAACCAAUGGAGCAAACAGCUGCAUUAUGAAGUUGUGCCAGAGUCUUAAAAAAGGUAAUGUGUCCAGAUUUAAAAACAAACCUUUUGAAAUUCUUCUCAAGCCCAAUCAGAGACACUCCAUGUUCUUCUUGUAUGAUACCUUUGGAAUCCAUUAUUUUGUAACAAA